AUGUCACUGAAAUGUUUGAACCGCGAUUCCUACCGCGUGGGAUGGAUAUGCCCGUUAGAGGUGGAACAGAUUGCGGCAAUGGAGAUGCUAGAUGAGGAGCAUCAACCCCUUCCGCAACCAAGCGGGGACACGAACGUUUACAACCUCGGUAGCAUCAAUAACCAUAACGUUGUCAUCGCUGGUCUACCUCGGGCGGGGAACUGCUCCGCCGCUACUGUCGUCACUCAAAUGAGGAUGACAUUUCCAAACCUCAAAUAUGGCCUGCUGGUUGGGAUUGGGGGCGGCGUACCGACAAAGACCGAGUGUGGAAUGAUCCGUCUAGGACAUGUGGUCGUUAGUGAACCGACUGGUAUACACUCUGGAGCAGUACAGUACGAUCACGGAAAGGCGAAGGAGGGUCACUUUGAACGCAAAGGUUUCCUCGAAGCCCCGCCAACCGCCCUUCUUAACGCUGCACGGGAAUUGGCUGUCCGGCGCCAGCGGGUGGAUGAUGAUCCAGUUUGGGGGAAUCUGGAGCGAAUCCAAACUAGCCGUCGAAGACUUCGCCGCUUCAAGUUCCCUGGCGCCGCGAAUGACUAUCUAUACCCAUCCAACUAUACACAUGGGCAGCAAGGGAUACCAUGUGAAGAUAGUGGGUGUGAUCCGAGGCAGCGUAUCGAGCGACCGACAGACGAGGAAGAAGACUCGUUUAUUGUUGUACACCGAGGCACAAUAGCUUCAGGAGAGUUGGCGAUAGAGGAUGCUAAGAAGAGAGACGAUUUGGCGCAGGAACAUGGGGUACUAUGCUUUGAAAUGGAGGCAGCAGGAGCCCUUACCGAUUUCCCCUGUAUGGUGAUUCGAGGCAUCUCCUACUAUUGCGACUCGCAUAAGAAUGACCAGUGGCAUGGUUACGCAGCGGCGGUAGCAGCCGCUUAUGCACGACAGCUAUUCUUCCAUAUGUCCAUUGAAGAGGUGCAACGAAAUCCGAAUCCGACGCAUACUACUUUCGAGCUCCCGCUUAAUCUAUCCGAGAUAUCCGAAGUGACCCGGUUCAUCGCACGAGAAGAUCAGCUUAAGAGGAUGGAAGAGAUCUUCGACACGACUAUUGGACGCCGUACCGCCGUCGUGCAUGGGUUGGGUGGAAUUGGCAAGACGCAGCUAGCCAUCGCAUAUAUCAAACGGAAUCGGUCUCAUUACUCGGCGGCAAUAUGGCUGAAUGCAAGAGAUGAAACAGCAUUGAAGCAAAGCCUCGCUCGCACAGCUGAGUGGAUUCUACGCCACCAUCCGUCUCUUGUAUACAUCGCAGCUGCUUUGGAGAGCCAAGAUCUGGACGAGACGGUGAAAGCGGCCAGACGAUGGUUGGACGACCCGAUGAACGAUCGUUGGUUGAUCGUCUAUGAUAACUAUGAUAAUCCCCUAUCAGGCAACCGGACAGAGAAAGGCACAAGCUAUACUUCCUCUGUCGAGGCAGGUAUAUAUAGCGAUGACGACGAAAAUCUUGUAAAGGCUUUUGAUCUUCAGAAAUUCCUGCCCGAGACCGACCAUGGUGCCAUCAUUGUGACCACGCGGUCCUCUAUAGUAAAGCUAGGCCAGACUCUUCACUUACGCAAGCUAGAGGAUAUCAAUGAUAGCCUUGAGGUCCUGGCUUCCGUCUCUGGCCGUGAAAAUUUAAGACAAGACCCUGCAGCUACUGAUCUUGCGAGGAAGCUUGAUGGAUUUCCGCUGGCCCUCGCGACAGCUGGCGCAUACUUAGAGCAAGUCUCGAUUAGCUGCACCGAGUAUCUCCAGCUGUACCGAGAAUCAUGGCAGCAAUUACACGAAGAGACGCCGCAACUGGCGGCAUACGAUCAAACGUUGUACUCAACAUGGAAUCUCUCAUAUCGAUAUAUUCAGCAGCAGAGUCCAAUUGCAGCUAUGCUUCUCCGACAAUGGGCGUAUUUUGCUAGUGGAGACUUGUGGUAUGAGCUGUUGGAGUAUAGUGGCCCGGAAAAGCCGGAAUGGCUGGGCGCACUGACAAAGAACAAGCUCACAUUUCACGCAAGCUUACGAAUUUUGUGCAGUCACGGGCUCGUUGAAGCUGAUCCGACUACCACAUUACAGAGAGUGGAGUCACGAGGGUAUAGCGUACACGGCUGCGUUCAUUCGUGGAUGAUUCAUGUCCUGAACCAAGGGAUUGAAAAGAAUAUGGCCUGGAUAGCAGUUGAAUGUGUAGCGGCGCAUGUGCCCGGGAAAGACGAACGUGAAUUCUGGCUCUUACAACGGCGGCUUAUUGCACAUGCAGACAGAUGUUUGGAGACAAUAAGAAAUAUAGAAGUUGAAGGUGAGGCUGCAGGGCGUCUGCAUUCUUUGGGUUUGCUUUACGCGGAUCAAGGCCGGCUCCAAGAGGCAGAGGCGAUGUACGAACGAGCACUGGAAGGCUAUGAGAAGGCGGGGGGACGAGAACACACAACGACACUAGAUACCGUCAAUAACCUCGGUGUUCUCUACGCGGUUCAAGGCCGGCUCCAAGAGGCAGAGGCGAUGUACGAACGAGCGCUGGAAGGCUUCGAUAAGGUAUGGGGACGAGAACACACAUCUACGCUGGAUACCGUCAACAAUCUCGGUCUUCUCUACGCGGAUCAAGACCAGCUCCAAGAGGCAGAGGCGAUGUACAAAAGAGCGCUGGAAGGCUAUGAGGCGGCUUUGGGGGCGACCUCGACUUUCACCUAUAUCCCUGCCUUGAAUACUCUGGAGAAUUUUGGCCUUCUAUAUGAGAGGAACGGGCAGGUUGAUACUGCUCUGCUGUAUUAUCAGCGAGCAUUGGUGGGCGCUGAGGCUGUUUGGGGCCAGUAUGGCGAACGGUAUUCUCGGCUUUCCAACAAAUUAAGCUCUUUAGAGCUUCACACAUGUGAGGAUUCUGGCAGAAAAGAGCCUGUUCAAAAGAAAACAACAAACCGGGGGACAAAAUGGAAGAAACUGAGAGCCAAGCUCUCCGGUAUGUAUAAGCCUUAA